UUAGAAAAUAUAUUAUUUCACUUCUAUCAUGGAACAAUUUGCCGCGCUGCUUCUGUUUUUUCCUUAAAAAAACAUCCUGUGUAUUUUUUCACCUUGGAAGGUCUGGCAAUUAUACGAUGAUAUUAGCUAUUUUACGUGGCAGCGGGUUAGAAUGGCACAGAACAAGAUCAUGCUUGGCAAAUUGUUUGGUUAGACAAAUCUUCUGUCAACACUAAAAGCUUUACAAUUCAAGUAAAAAUAGUUGACAAAUUUUGUUCGAAGUGGACAAAUCGCCAGAAUAAAGUUGCUCCAAGUAAACUACGCACGAAAUCGAAUAGAAAAGCAAAGAAGUAUUUUUCUUGUCACCGAGUCAUUUGUCAGACGUUCCGUAAAAGCCUCUCCUUUAAGGCACAACAAUAUCAAAUCUAUUGCCAGUGAUAAUGAAACUAUUACCAAAACAAUUAGCGCUACAAAAAAAAAAGAGAGAGAAACAAGGAGAAUUAACCCCAUCAACCAGCUUAGCAGUGAUCUGGCAGUUUGGAUGCCCUAAAAUUGUGCUCAGGUCAAAACGGGAACGCUUGCUAAAGAGGUUCCACAUACCUCCAAAAAACCGAAAGAAUCCUUUAAUAUCCAUUCGCAUAUGUUGUACUACACAUGUUGUCGUACAUUUUUGCAGCUCAAAUGUCUGAUAACGCAUAGAAAAGAUCAGAAUUUUCAGAUGAACGAUACUCACGACUACUCAGAUUAUUACUGAGAGAUUUAGAUGAGGCCAAAGAUGACCUAUCAGUUCCUCUCUGCGUUUAGCAGUGACGUAUGGCAAUUGAUAGUAUUAAGUACAGAUAGUCAGGCAUGCCAUUUGUAUAUCGUCUAAAAUAUGAUAGCGUUUACUAGUCUCACUAAAAACGGAUUUAAUAUGGAUCUGUAUGAAAUCCAUCACGUUAUCUAUAUGGUCCAUUAGAAUAAACGCUUUAGUAGGAGAAACUGAAGUCCGUUGGCACGAAAGCCGGCUUGAAACGCUGUUUUCCUAAUAAAUUUCCACUCUGUUUUAUUUUUGUGGGACGAAGACCCUGUUCCAAAAUAAUUUGUACUUUUCGUUUUACGUUUUUCAGUUAGAAUUUCAUUUUGUCUGUUAAAUUUCAGAUUUUUUUGGUAGGCAGCGGAAAAUCUCUUGAUAUCUAUAGCAACACCCUUGUAAAAAUUCGUACGAUUCUAAUCAAUGGCUCGUUAGAAAUAGUACCUUUCAGUGGAAAGUCACUAUAAAAUUCCCAGUAAAACCUUUUCAUUACACGCUGGGCAUUUAUUGGGUUGUCGUAACACUCCAAUGAAAAACGUGAAACAAAACAAAGCUGGCUUCCGUGUUAUCAUCUCUCGCAUAAGCUUGCUGGCAUAAAAAUGUUUUUCCAUACAACAGACUUUUAUUUUCCGGUAGAAAUAAUAAACAUCUGGAAUAAACCGUGAUUUAUCGACUCGUGUUUUACCCUUCACUUAACCUGCCCCAGGCGUUCGGUUCCCUUGGAAAGGGGUGACCCUCAACUUCCCUGCGACAGAACAAAGUACUCUAAGCAUGUUUUCCGGCUUUUCAAACCGUUGCGCGCGCUGGAAGUAGUGCCUUCGGACCAUACAAAGAGUGCGAGGAUACACAAAUUCACCAUGCAAUGAUUGAUAUGCUAAGUACAAAUGACGACGGCGACCCCGAGGACAACGCCUAGUAAAAAAUGAAUUUGUAUUUUAUCUUCAAAUUUCGCAGUUGUCUAGAUCUGUUCAGUGUACCUGUUGGUCUCAGACCGUGACUUGCUCAAGCUAAAUAUGUAACGCCAGCGUUCAAUUCCAAAUGAAAAUAUGAAAAAUUAGCUGCCGUCGUUCGCGUUCUCCGAAAUACGUAGAACCUAGUCAUUUCACGGUGUUGUUGUGCAGAGGACGGCAAAAAAAUGUACAAAAAUUUAUUUAUUUUUUACGGCCAUUGUAUUGUUCAUUAAAUCUUCUGCUCGUUACCGUUGCCGUUGCCGUCGUGAUUUUUGCUUAAGGUCCCUAGUGAUUGAAAGUACGUGCUUCAUUUCAAGAAGUCCGCUUUGUGCACUAAACAAGUCCAGACAUGUUUUUGAGAGAGAGAAAAACAAACUGCCGCCUGGAAACUGGAGACGAGGCGGAAAUUACAAUUGUUUUUUUUUUCUCCCUCUUCGAUCGAUGAUCAGGGGUUCACACUCUGCAAUAAUGAUGAACAAACAUUUUUACGUCUUAAUGACAUACUACAAAUUAUAACUUCAUCAAAUUAAAUUGUGACGUAACCCUCUAAUUACAUAAUGUUUUCGAAAGAAUACUUGUCCUGUUUCCAUCGAACGGCCUCUGAUAUUUUUAUUACAACAGCCAUUUUCUGCUAGAAUUUCCUUCAUUCCUCGAAAAUACUGAAGUCUAUAAUCGAGUCUUCUACGGCGUAGUUAUGUAAAAUGUCGUCAAAAGUUUUUCCUUAUGAGGCGAAUGAAGUCUCGAGUGAUGCUUCUCCACCAGUUAAUAAUUAUGAAGGUAAGUUAGAAGUGUUUCGUUUAGUACAAUUGGUGAUUUAAUUUUGUUUCGGUUAAUCCGAGUCUUGUCAACGGGAGAUAUGUUUCUUGUUUUGUUUUAUUUGAAAUCAGUUUCCCUUUUGUCAAGGUUUUAAUUUGAUGAGACUUAACGAAAAAGAAUUGAUUUGCAUCUGGUGCGCUUUACACCAGAUACCAUUGGCUUUUCGAGUUUGUUGAUCCGACCUGAGAAUAAAGAAAAAUUUCGAACAGUUGCGGCAACUUUCCCUAGAGGAGUAAACGCAACAAAAUCAUUCGGUUGUUAACAAGAAAAUUCCCUUGUUCUCCUAAAGGUGAAAAGCCAACUUUGCAUUUAAAAAGCAGCUGUUUCGUAUCGGAAUCUUGCGUGUCUCAGACAGAGAAAACAGGAAAUCACCAAGGUGUAGUCGGUGUUGCAGUUCAGGUAGUUUACCAGUCAAGCGAAUAAUACUCAGACCACUCCCCCUGGGUGGGAACGGUAUGCUACCGUCCAGCAUUUGACCAUUCUCGUCCCCAAUGCUACUCGUUCCACUAAAAGAAACGGAGGGGAACGUCAUUUUACCUCAUACGCCAGGGUGGAGAGAGACACUGUGAGAGGAAAGUGUCUUGCCGAGAACCCCAAAGCCAGUGAACAAUUGUUGUCAUGGCUCCUUUACUUUAAUUUUAGACACAUCAAGGUCAUUGGAAAUAAAAACCUUUCGCUAGCAUCUUUCUCUUAUUUGUUUUCUUUCUUUCAAUCUCUUUCAUUCAUUUUUCCAUCUCUCUUUUUUUCUUCCUGUCUUUAUUUUUUCUUUCUUUCUUUUUAGUAACAUAUACGCACCGUGUCAUGUCGAUAUUAGUAUGACACGCGAUUUUGUGUUAUGUAUACUUCUAAAAGUUAAUUUGUAAAUAUUUAAAAAAUAUAUUUAAGAUAGUACGCGCGCUCUGGUUGAUAGGUGUGUUUAGGUUAGAGUAUGUAAACACGCUUGUGACAAGAAAUGUUUUAUAAAAACAAUAGAGGACUUCUUCCCGUGUUUACAUAGUCUAAAUAAAUAAAUAGAUCAAUUACAAUAUUUAGAGAGGAAGCCACAGCAGCCUUUUGCUGGUUUUCAUGUGGGUCCAAUAGCCUGUCGAAUUGGAAUUCAGAGAUGUUGGUUUUUGUGGAGGGAGGAAAACCGGAGAACCCGGAGGAAAAACCUAGGAGCAAACAAGGCGACUGAGAACCAACGACAAACUCAGCCCAAAUAUAGCACCGGGCCGUAAUCGAACUGGUGGGAGGCGAGCGCUCUCACCGCUGUGCCAUCCGUGUUCCCCAAUCUAAAUACUUAUAGUUUAUGUAAAUCCCCGACUGCCUCUCGGAUUUGCAUAAUUAUCUCGAAUCCUACCAAGCCCCUCGUGUUUGGACAAGUAAGCAUGGAAAAAGUCCUGUAUUGUUUAAAAUACAGGUAUACUUUAGAGGAUAUUACACGAGUUAUGAAUAUUAUUUUCGAGUGCUAAAAUAUUGUUUCUAACAAGAGAAAAUAAAAUUCAUAUCUUCAAGCGAUGGUGUGAUUUUCUUUUUGUUACAUAGAUCAACUCACUGUUUGCACAAGCAACCGUGAAAAAGCGAGCAAAGACACCAUCAAUAUCCUCAUUAGUAAGGGAUACGGAAAAUACACCACCCUAGCUAGUGUCGGAUGUAAAUUCGUUUGAAUUUUUUACGAGUGGUGUAUUUUCCAGUAAAACAUCCGUGCCUAUAUAAUAAAUGCUGUUUACAUUUUUCAAAGCAAUACUCUGCCGUUACCAAGGCAAUUUGUUGUAAAUGAGUUUGUUUACCGAAAAGUUGAAUGCAAGUUUAGAUUUUGUUUUUCUUUAUGAAUCCGAUAUAUUUUCUUAGCUUUGUUCUCUCCAGGCCCGUCCCAAAACGGCAGUAGAUGUAGAUAGCCACAUAUACUUUGCACUGGGAACGUAGACUUUGUCAGCACGUAACAAUAAUAAUUUAUAUCUUUGUAUAAUUUGCUGUGAUUCGAAAGCCCAUUUGAAACUUGUCCGUUGUCUGGUUUUGUUUUAUCCAGUCUCGUUUUUCAGCGGCAAUAAACUCCUCCUUUAUAGGACUUUGCGUUAAGACGUCAAUUAGUGUGGUUAAUAUUCUAACCUAUUCAAUUCUAUUUUAAGUUCUUCGUCCUUGAGACUUCGUUUGUUUGUUUGUUUUAUUUUUGCCAUAUAUAGAUACACAUAAAAAUGGACUUUGAUUAUGAUUUAUUCUUUACAAAUUCAGAUCACCUGAAAAAAAACUACACAAAGCCUUUUACUCGAAGGAAAAAUCAAAUUUUGAGAAACCUAGUUUGAUAUUUUAACUCACUCGGCUUUCGCCAUAUUCUUUGCAUUCGAUAUUUUUUUAUCACAGACUGCGCGUGACAAAAAGAUGGACAUUCACACGUGGGAAAACCCGCUCUUUGUGAAAAAUAAACCAAUCACAGCGCUUUUACAACGAUAACUGUCAAUCACCUUUUGUUUUUAGCAUCGUAUGUUGACCUUGACUUGCAAAUAUUGAAAAUUAUAGACCGAAAAGGAAAAACAACGCCGCUCGUGAUAAAGAAAAAAAUCCCCGCUUUGAAUCGUGUGACAGACUUCGGCUUGCAGAUUGUCCAGUACGAGAACGGUCAGGAACUGGGUUUGUAAGAAAUAGGACGAAUUUUUUCCAGAGAAGUUGCCGAGACCGCGUAGCGUGGUGGUGAAAACAUGCUAAAAUAGAUGUGCAGUGACAAUGGGUUUUCCUUGAAUUGAUGUUCACAAUCUUGGUGAAUGAAUCUUCAGGAGUCAGUUGAAGGCUACUUUGUUGUCAUCGGAUGCCGUUUCAAACAUGCAUCCCACAAGCAGCAAAUCCGAAGACCGAGAGUCAAUUUUACUUAACGACGAGGAAGGAAUGGUGGAAGUGAACUUGGAAGAUCCAUGGGUGCGAAGGGACGAUUUUAAGCCCAAGAGGCGUGGUCGUGCUUUUGAUGUCCAGAGACACUCUCCCGAGCUGGCUGAAGACUCGCUCUCUCCUCAUCAAAGACUUCUUGACAAGAACCAAGAACUCUUUGCUCAAGAUGAUCCUCCAGUCGAGUUUAAGAGCUACAAAAGACGUUUCUACAUCUUGUUGUUAUUUUCUGUGAUUGGUUUCAGCCAGUACUGCGCAUGGAACACGUAUGGGCCCAUCGCCACUACAGCUAAACUGGUUUUCGACUGGACAAACACGGAAAUUGCCUUCUUAGCUAGCAUGGACCCAAUAACAUAUUUAUGCACCAUGCUCUUUUUCUCCUGGAUGAUGGAUGAGAAAGGUCUAAGACGGAGCGUACUUAUUUCCUGUGCAUUCAUGUUCGUUGGAACUGGACUCAGAUGUGUUACGUCACAUCCGUCAUACGUCAUAUGGACCAUGGGAGCCGGUCAACUGUUGAAUGGUUUAGCGGGACCAGUCACUCAAGCUGCGCCCACACUCCUGUCGUCGACUUGGUUCCCAUCUGAACAGCGGACUACUUCAACUGCCGUGGCUGCUCUUUGCGGGUCAAUGGGUGUGGCCAUGUCAUUUGUUGUUGGUCCGUUAGUUGUCAAGGAUAUCAAGUAUGAACUGGAAAGAAUGAUACCUGAUAGAGGAAACGUGUCUGGAAACUUAAGUGAUACACUAGACUUGUACCUCGAUGGGAAUACUUUGUAUUCAGACUCCAUCUAUAGAGACGCUAACUACUACUGGCCAUUAGACGAAAUAAACAUCACAAUAAAAAAUGUCCAGGCCGUCAAGAAGGAUAGAAAGGACACUAACAACAUUCCGCCGUCGCGUACUUCCGGUGACUACUGGGAAGCGCAGGUCAAUAAGGCAGUUAAAGACUUGAAAACAAAGCAGGAAGGUCGUUUAUUCAAUAACUGUGUCGUGUCACAAGGUGUUGUCAAUCAGAGUUUACAAACAGAUGGCAAAGGAGCUUGGGUAAAUUUUGGCAGUUUUAUUAACACGUGUGUGAGUAACCCAUCUCUAUGUCCGAAUGGUCUCACUGUGGCGUUGUGGAUUAAGUACCAAAUACUCGACGAUAACGGGCUGCAGUAUUUCAUGGGAACCAGCGGAAACAAGGAUGGCUUAAGAGGAUUUCUGAUAUAUCAAGAUUUCCCUUACGACAGAGAAGACCAUUUAGCCAUCAAAGUAGAAAACGGUUCGGUGUUGUGGAAACGGAGCUUUGCCGUACCACGUAACAACUGGACGCACGUGACGUUCACGUGGGAUGAACGUGACGGUCUUGAAAUCUACGCUAAUGGAACCUACGUGGGAGGGGACCCUAAGGGGAAAACCACUCAAUCUAAAGACAAUUAUCAUACGACGUUUACUCUGGGAAGGCCAAAUAAUGAAUUUGUCUUUUCAAAAGCCGCUUACGAUGAAAUAGCGGUAUGGGAAAGAAAACUUCAUCCAAGAGAAAUUGAAGCAGUUUUUCAACGCACUGCGAAAAUUGGACUAAGUCCUGAUCUAGAAAAAGCAAAAACAAGACUGAUCAAGGAAGGCAAAAGCGAAAUUAUGGCUUUAUUAUAUGUCGAAUUUGCUGUGGUGACGUUCCUUUUCGUUCUAGUCUUUAUAUAUUUUCCAGACAAGCCUCCGUUGCCGCCGAGUAAAUCGGCCAAGAGAAAGAGAGAUGAUUUCUUUGCUGGCGCCAAACAAAUACUGAAGAAUAAGCAGUUCUGGACUCUUGCGCUGGUUUACGGAGUCACAACUGGUGUAUACAGUGGUUGGGGCGCCUCCUUAGCAGUUAAUCUAGAGACAUUUUCCAUCGGACAGAGUGAGGCUGGCCUGAUCGGGUUUUAUGCGACAUUAGCCGGUAUUGGAGCUGGUUUGAUUCUGGCGAGGUGCGCUGACCUGUUUGGCGGGAAAAUGAAGGCUCUUCUGCUCGUGUUGUUCUUCGGAGCCUCGGGCUGUUUCUUGUGGUUCUCACUUCUCUGUUUAAGGAUGAUAGAGUAUGACGACGAUGCCCUGUACAAGUCUAGUAUUUUAGGCGGAUUUUUCGUCAGUGGAACGAUUCCUCUAUUCUACGAGCUCACAGUUGAGUCCACAUACCCAGUGGCUGAGGGCGUCACAACAGGAGCCUUGACACUCAUAAACAAUUCCUUCACUGUCAUCUUCUUGUUUGUCUUGAUGAUACCAGGAGUCGGCACUGAAUGGAUGAACUGGUGUAUGUUUGGAGCAUGCGCGGGCUGCAUUCCAAUUCUGAUGGGCUUCCAUGAAAACUACCGCAGGCUCAACAUUGACAAAGAAAGUUCGUCAAAAGAAGACGAGACAUCAGGAGAAGUCGACAAAAACCUGAACAGACUCAAGUCUCCUAUUGGUUCAAUUCUUUCUUUUACGCACGUAGACGAGCUCGUUCACAAGCUAAAAAAGGCCAGGGAAUCUAACAUUUAACUUGUAUUUAUAUUAGUUAAAAAUGGACCAGUAUUUAUGUACAAAAUGGGGUACAAGUUACCCACUUAAGGUGAUCUGUAUCAAGUUUGGGUGGGGUCAAUACUUAAUUAUUAUAGAUAGGAUAAUAUCAUUUUAAAACAUUUAGGUCAAAAUGCAUUUAAUCAUUUACAGAGUGGCAUGGCAAUACGUAAACAUCUAGGACUACUAGGAAUGUUAAUAUUUUGACUUAAAGGAGUUCUGCAUAUUGUGUAUUACCUCGAUACUGUAUUAAAUGAAGAAAAUUGUCUCUAAAUUACGGAAUAAAAGUAUAUAAAUUCGUACUAAUUGAUAAAAAUUUAAAAGGAAGCAGGGAAACUCGAGCUCUGUUUUUUCAUCGUGUAAUCCAUCGCAGGUUAAUGAUAGGAAAAUCAAUUUAAUGAUUUCCAGAAUUUCUAUCAUUUAUUGAGCAUUGUUCUACAAAUCAAGUAUUUGUUGAUUUCUGAUAUUGGUAUCUACCUGGUGCGCUUUAUAUGAUAGUUAUUUUACAAAUUAUAUCACUAAAAGACGCGCUGUCUGGUUCGAAUUUCCAGGGGUAAUACAUGGGGGAAUUGAUAUUUUUAUUUUCAAUUGAUAAAAUAUUUUGAGUUACAGUAGUGGAAUUUUUUAACAUAAUACGUAAAAAAGACAACAUAAAAGAAUUUUAACAGAGGUUUAGCCAUUGUGGAACUUUUUAAUCUUGGCGUGUAAGGUGCAGGCUUUAUUCAUAAUUUUAAUGCAGAGUUUUCAGAUAUACUAGGAACGUGAAAAUGUUCUAUUUAUAUCUCCUCAGUAGAGAAAAACGUUAAAAAGUGUAAAUAGAGAAAAGUACUUGAAUAAAGAAUAGAGAAUUUUAACCUGUCGACA